GAGAGAGAGAGAGAGAGAGAGAGAGAGAGAGAGAGAGAUGGUCCAGCCUCGUGUGUUGUGGCCAAAGCUUCCCCGUUGCCUUGGAAACCUCGCGUCCAGGUAGGGGAAGCACUGCUCUUCCCCGCAGUGUGUCAGUUCCGAGUGGCGAGGGCUGAUGCAGGGGUGACGAGGGCAUGGCGGGAGCAGGCAGCGUGACGUGGGGGAGGGCAGCAUGAGCCGUCCUGAAGGCGAGGCACCAGCAGGGGACACGCGCCACCAAACCCUUCUGCAGGAGGUGUUCGACCAGGACUACCACGUCACGGAACAAGAUGUGACCGAGUACUGUGAGAAGCUAGGUAUAAGCAGCGAGGAGAGGCCCCACCUGGUGCCCCUGGUUCGAGCCGCUCUGCUCCACCCUCUCCCCUCCCGCUGGACACCUGUAGAAGACCCUGAGCUUGGCCUGUACUUCUUCAACCACCGGACGGGGGAGAGCCGCUGGAACCACCCCAUUGACGCCAUCGUGCGUGCCCUCAUCACCGGCGAGAACAACAACAACAACAACGCCCCCAGUGCAGAUUCACUGACUGAGGAGCUUGAUGAGGAGGAGCUUCAGAUCUCAGAGUUCCUGAAGGCCCAUGUGAGUGACGAGAAGCCGACCCACAGUGAUGGCAACGUUCCCUCCGAGCACACCACCACCGAUGCCUGCACGCUCACCAGUCAGUGCCUCAGAGCCCCAGACGGGCCUCCGCUGAGGCCGCCCGCACACCCCAGCCGUCCUUAUGUGAUCAGUGCCUUAGAUGACAUAGAAAAAGAGUCUGGAGAGAAGAAAUGCCGGAGAGACAGUGAGGGCAGUGGCGGGGUUGGCAGCAGGGGCAGGGAAAGUAGUGUGCCUGUGCCUUCAGAGGGUGGGGGAGGCAAUGUUCACGCUGACAAUAAGACACAAGAGGAUAUUAGUGUGAGUGUGAAGGAUCUGAACCCAGAAGACGACCGUUGCGGUGAUAGUGUUCGUGAAAAUAACGGUAAGGAGUGUGAGGUUGGUGACGUGACUCCUGGCGGGGACGCGAUCUCUGAUAUUGAGGACUCCAGGCAGUGGACUGAGCAAGGACACGACCACAGUGUAAGUAGUCACCAGCGCCCCUCCACCGCCUCCAGCUGUGCUCGGGGCCCGGCCAUGUUCACAGGAAGAGAUGGUCUUGGUCGGGGUCUCGGUCGUGCCCCGCUAGGGACACCUUCCCUGGCAACACCCCCUCCCCUCGGUAGACCUUCUCUCGGGGGCUCGCUCAUGGGUGCCGCCAGAGUGCCUCCCAUCGGGGGACAGCUCACCCCUCUGGCGCCCAUCGCCGCGGCCAGCAGAGGCGGCCCGCCCCAGCUAGCACCCCUGAAACCUGUGGGGUCCAUCAGCCAGCAACCCCUAGCCAGCAAGGAAGGACAAGGGCUUCACUCUUUGAGGAGACCCAACACCCAGGAGCAGCAAGGGAAUGGCAGGUGGCCUGGGAAGCAAGCAGGGGGAAGGAGAGGGGAGGACCAAGGGCUUGGGGACAGCACAGACCAAGGUCUCUCUUCUCCCCCAAAGUCCAUCCUGAAGGGACCUGUGUUGGCAAGAGGCUCAGCAGGCCGGGGACAGUCCCAAGGACUGGACCGCAUGCAGCUGCUGCAGCCCAAGGAAACCAGGAACAUUCGCUUUGACUUCAGGACAGAUGACUUGGAGUUUCACACAUCUGAGGAAGAGUAUGAUGAGGAGCUGGAUGAGGAGGAAGAAGAGGAAGAAGAAGAGAAUGGGGGUGAAGAUGAGGAGGAGGAAUAUGAAGAGGAAGAGGAAUAUGAUAGUGAAGCUGAGGAUCCUGAGGAAGAUACCAUGUUCAGAGACAGGGAUGAUCUGAAUGAAGGUGUACGAGCUGGACUGAUGCUCCAAGAUGCCUCUGACCUGCUGCUCUCACAGCCAGCUCCCCUGCCUCUAAAACAACAGUCUACUCUGCCUCAUGGACCAGAUCCUUGGGCUGCUGAGUACCCAGAGAAGCCCCAGCCACAGGACAAGACUCAUGACCCUCUCAGGGACUUUAGAAAGGAAAAGGAUAAUGCAGAGAAGGAAACAAAGAAAAAAUCUGAAGCAAAAACCAUACAGUCUCCAGUAAAGCAGCCCCAGCAGACUAAACCUCCUGAAACUGGAAAUAAUAUGGUGCAAAAAUCUAGUGGUGAGAAUUCAGCUAUACAAAGUCAGCAUAACAAACAAGAUCCAGCUAAUUCCUCAGGAGGUAAAGCCCAACAAAACUCCCCAGCAAAUCAAAACACACAGACUUCAGGGAUAAAAAGUCAAAAUGUUAAGACACUUGAACCUAAACAGCAAGAAGACAGGAAGCUUGAGUUGGAGGGAGCACCAAAAAAUAGAAAAGUUAACCCUCUUGACCGUGUUGUGGCAAAGUUGAGUGGAAAGACAGAAGAGAGAGGUGGAGGUGAGGAGCCCAAGCCUUCAGGAACCAUAAAAAAUGUCACUGUUAACCUUACUCAGCUUAUGACAAAAGAAGAGGAAAGUGAGGAUGAUUACAGUUCAGGAGAUGAUGAUAAUGAUGACUCCCAGCCUGAAGUUAAGAUGAGUCAGGAGGAUCUGCAACAGAAAAAUCAGAUCCAGGCCACACAGCAAGAGGCGGAGGUCAGUGAGUUGAGACGCCAACAUGAGACUCAGCUGAAGGUUUUGAAGGAACAGUUGAACAAAGAAUAUCAUGAAUUGAAGGAGAAAUUAAAACAGGAACACAACUCUGCUCUCUUCAAGCUCAGAGAUCAAGAGAAGAAGACAUUUGAAUCAUUACAGAAUCAAGUUUUACAAAAAGUUAAGGAAGAGAAUCAGAAAAGUCUGAGUGAGGCCAAAGCUUGUCUAGAGGAGGACCAUGUUAAGAGGAAAAAGAAGCUUCUUGAAGACUUAGAAAAGAAGACUGAAGAAGAGUUGGAGCAGCUGAAAAUAGAAUUUGUGAGAGAAAUGCAGCAAAGGAAAGAGGAGCUGCUGAAGGAACAUGAGGAGGAAAUGCAGGAACUGGAUAAGGAUUUGAAGGAGCUGUACUUCCAACAAAAGACAAGUAAGCAGGAGGAGAUUGAUGCCACACAGGCUGCUGCUGCCAGAAGCAGCAAUGACUCAGCAGCAGCAGCAGCAGCAGUGUCAGAACUGGAGAUGAGCAUGACUGAGGUGCUGCGACAGAGACAGACACAAAUCAAGCGAGAGCACAAUCGGCAACUGGCCACAUUGGAAGAGAAGCUUGAUGAAGAACUGGAGAAAGCAGCAAGACAGGCCAAGGAAAGAGAAACUCUGGAAAAAAGGAAUCAUUCAGCUCGCUUGACUGCUCUCAAGGAUGAGCAUGAGAGAGAGCUGAGUGAGCUGGAAGACUCUCAUGCAAGACACAUGCAGGACCUGGAAGCUGAGCAUGAGGGUGACGUGGGUAAACUCAAGUCUGAAUUUAGAGCUGAGUUGAUGAGACAAAAAACUGAGCUGGAAAAUAAAUUAACAGAGUUCAGAAUUGAAUAUGAACAAAAAAUGGACAGUUUGGCACAGGAGGGACAGCCUGAAGAAGGCAUUGAGGCUAGUGAGGAAAAAUCAGUUGAAAUGAAUGAUGAAAGAAAGCAAGAUGAAGGAGAUGCUAUGAAUGAAGUGCAAGAGAAUGCCAGAGCAACAUUUGAAGGUAUAACAGGAGGGAAAAAAAGACUUGAGGAUGAAGAAAAGAGAUAUGAUGAAAUCUUGAUCGAAUUGCAAGAAAGGCGUAAAAGUUUAGAGGGUGACUUAGAGGAAUUAAAAGCUCAGGAAAACAAAGUUAAGGAAUUAAAAACUCAGCACUUGGCAAAGUCUCACUCACAUUGCAAUAAAAAUUCUUGCAUCCAUGAAACCAAAUACAACCGCAUGAAAGCAAAGUACUCCAGUUUGGUAAAUCGCAUCAAAUCUAAAAAAGCCAAGAGAUCCUCCAGACCCUCACCAGUUAACCACAACAGUCCAUCAGUUUCCAGCGAUAAGAGCAGCAUGGAGAGCAAUGGCAAUGUGUGGGACAGUGGUCAGGCCUCUACAGACCCUACCCUGAGCACCACUUCCCCUGGCCCACACCACCCAGUGCUGCACAGGAGCCACCACCACGGCAGCACAAGUGAGGCCAGUGAGGAUGAAGAGGUCAGGUUUGCUACAGAAAUUUUAGAGAAGUACAGUAGAGCUUCUGGUCAUGGCAGCACUUGGGAUCUGCAUGGUGGCCAAUCAAAGCACAAAGUCACCACCCCAGUGUCCAGCACCCCAAAGAAGGCCUGGGCAGAAGAUGAGCUGCUUGUUCAUGGUCGGAAAGAACUGAGCAGAGCAGAAAAGUUCCUUAAGUCCAGGGAAAUGAAAAACCAUCGAGAAGUGGAGGGUAUAACAGCUGAAGAUAUACACAGGGAAAUAUUGCGACAGAAUACAAAGACCAGACAUGGCCGCACCUCACUGGUGUAUGGAGGCUCAGUGACGUCAGACACAGAGAGUGAUGAGCCAACCCAUGAUUUGCCUUCACCAACCUCAGACUUUGGCCUGGACAGGAUGCUGGAGCAAAUUGGUUCUGCCAACAAGAGGAGUAAGAGUCAGCUCCGGCAGCACUCCUCCAGAAGGAGACAGGGAGCCCCUUACACCACCGGCAACCUAGAGUUUGGUCUUAAUAAUCCCCUCAACACUCACUCCUCGGGAUACAACACUGUGUCCCCAGCAGGUCCCCUCCGCCUGGAGCACCUCACCAGUGGAUCGGUUCCAGAUCUAGGACCAGAAACUGUUGACAAAGUUGCUAAUAUAAACCAUUAUUUACAACAAAGAUGGACCAGCUAUUUUGGAGAGCUAUCAGUACCUCUUGGGGGCAAGGUGGGAUGGCCAGCUCAGGUCAUUGGGCAGUCCACACUCCUGGCUAACAAGGCUGCAGCACCAUCCACUGAUCCCAACAUUCCAGAGAAGCAGGAGAAGAGUUACUUCAUGCCUGAAGGCAGAGGACAGAAACCCAAGGAAAAUGUCAAAAAUGUUAACGAGAGGAUAGAUGACCUUCGGGCUUGGCUGCAGGAAGCUCAGGCAACCUCUGUGAACUUUUAUGACAACAGUUCUCAUGACCUGACUAGUCUUCCACUUUGCCCUGACCUCCAAGGGUCAGGGAUUACAUACUCUGGUACAGAAAUUGUAAUAUAUUACCGAUGAUGAUUCCUUUCAAAUUGUACUUUGUUUUUAAAAAUAUAAAAACCUGAUUCCUUCAGAAUAUUUAGUAUUUUAGAAUCAAUAAGUGCCAUGCUGAAACAGCUUAUCUUUUUAGAAGUUUCAGAGUUGCAGUCAUGAAGUCUCCUUCUGAGUUUCAUAAGACAGGAUGUAGCUGCUUAACACAGAUCCUCCUCUCAGCCAGCAUUGUCAUUCUGUAUUGUAACCUUAAAAUUACUUCCCUAACUGUUAUGGUUCUAAAGUCAUGAGAGGGUGGUUGUGAUAAUUUGAUGGAGAUACUAUGAUACUCUUACUUUUCACAAGUUUUGAGACUUGAGUAUAAGUGAGAUUACACUUGUGUCAAACAGACUUGCUCAAGUCACAUCUUUUCUCAGAGAACUAAUAUCUACUCCAACUAAUGUACAGGUACUUAGUCCUCUUAUCAUAACAUCUUUAGUUAUGUUGAUUUAUCCUUACUGUGACAUACAUUAGCAUAAAUUAAGCACUUUAGAGUGGGAUGUAUGGUACAUUACACUAUCUACACUCAAGCAUUAUACAUUGCCUUUCCAGUUUUCAAAAAAAAGUCAAUACUUCUUUGAGCAACUGAAUCUAGGCUCACCUAGCUGCUGCAGCUUACUUUCUUGCCAGCAGAGCCCUCAUGUCAACCCCAUGGGAAGCAUAUAAUUGUGUGAUAUGUAGGGUGCUGGAGGUCUACCUUUACCCCACCUGGCUGAUUCAUGUUUCCCAGAAGAGUUGGGCAAAUCUAGUUUUGUUUGGGCAAGCAGAGAGAGAGAAUAAAAGAUAUGCCUCUCUUUCCUGCUUGUGUGUUCAUGAACAUUUUUCAAGAAAUGACAGCAUAUGAGUACAAAAGUACAUCAUAUACAUGUCAAACUCAACUCAGUAAUGAAAAAUCACUAAAUGAUGUGAUAGUUAUUGAUUUCAGAUAUGUAGAAUAGUACAUAACAGGAGUCAAACACUUGGAUCUCUUUAUUGAUAUUUAUAUUUUUAUACUGAUAUCCUUGCAAAAUGCUACUUGAGACUCUGAAAGCUAUUUAUGAAUGUAAAGAAUUGUUUUUAUCUACUUGAUUACUUCUCAUUUCAUGAUAUUUUGAAAGUAUACAAAGUUGUGGUUGCUCAUACUCAAUCCACAUAUCUAGUCAUACUUGAGCCUUAAAACUUAUGCUACAGAAGCUUUAAUGAAUACCACGGAUGUUUAGUUUUAUUUAUUUUCCAGAUGUACACUACUUUGCUGUGUACUUCAUAAAAUAAUGGAGAUGUUUGGAAGCACAGUGCUUCAGCCAGUGUUAUUUGUAGGAGGUAUAUCUAUCAGUUGGUAAGGAGCAGGAUGAUUUACAGUCUCAGUGUAAGGCUCUGUAUCUGAUGAUCUUGAAAAAAAUAUAGCACUUGCAUGAAUGUGUAUGAACAUCAUGACCGACAGAAAAUAUUUAAUAGUCUCAUUUAUUUUCAAGAAUUUUCAUAUACAUAUUCAAUAAGUACGUUGUACAAUAUCUAGUAUGUAUAUCAAUAUUGUUUACAGUAUCUAGUCAUAUGUAUAUUAGUAUGUAUGUAUGUAUAUUUUGUAGUACAGAAAAUAGAUUGACUUUAUCCAUGUAGAAUAUUCAGAAAUGUUAUUAAGGUGCUCAGAAACAUGUGUGUCUUAUAAGCAGCAGUAUUGUGCUGUGCCUUAGUCUGCAUAAUCUCAGCUGAGCCUUGAUAAAAAAAAUUUCCGUCCAUAUUUGACUUUAAGGAAGUUGUGUUAAUGAAUUAUUUAAACCAACUUCAUCUCUUUGUGUGUGUGUGUGUGUAUAGUUUUAACAAAUUUGAGUGUUAAUAUUAAGAGGCUUACUGGAAUGAAGUUAUUUUAUUUAUUUAUUUAUUUUAUUUUAUUUAUUUUUUUUAUUCUUUAAAAUAUCCAUUGUUAAAAUAUCUGCUUUUCUGUGAGUCACCAUAUAUUUUCAGAAAUGCAUUAGCUGUGAAGUUGCUCAAUAUCAGAAGCAUGUUGCUCAUAGCUUGUUGCAUUAAUCCUUCUCAGUAAGUGACAGUUUGCCGAUGAGCUUUAUUUUAUGCAUGUGGGAUUAUUGGAAUUAUUUUGUGUGGCUGUAAAGUUUUAUAAAGCUACAAUACUUAUUUGGUACUAAAAUUCUUAAAUUUCUGAAAAUAAUAUCCAUGUCACAGUUUCCUGUAUCAUGCCAAGGAAAAACUUCAAAUUUGAGGGUAAGAAUGUUUACUUGAAAAAAUAAAUUAUGUAGUAAAA